AUGGUUCGCCUCGAUCUGACUCAAGAAGAAAAAGAACAAUUAAUUCAACUCUGUCGCAACACGUACAAAGAUAAUCAAACUGAAUUGAACAAUGUUCGUGAGUUUGAACACGAAUAUGAAUCACAGAAUGCCCUGCGAUGGUAUACACGAGAAGCCUUUGUCUAUCGUAUGAUAAAUAAAGCCUUUCGAAUGAGAAAUGUUGAAGUUCUUCUUCUCUUUCGAAUGAUCAUUCAAGACAUUCAACAACAGUUGAUACAGGAACAACUACAAACGACUGUAUGUCUUUAUCGGGGUCAAUUAAUGUCGAAGGAGGAAAUAAGUGAACUAGGUCGAUUAUCAGGCAAACUCAUUUCAAUGAAUUCCUUCCUAUCUACAAGCAGGAGUCGGGCAUAUGCAGAAAUGCUUCUUGAUGGAACAGAUUCCGACAUCACAAAGAAAGGCGUUCUUUUCGAAAUUGAAGCGGAUCCUCGUCUACCGAAUAUGAAACCAUUUGCUGAUAUCUCUCGAUACUCGCAGUUUACCGAUGAGCAAGAGGUUCUCUUUAUGGCAGGAUGUAUAUUCCGAAUCGAAGAAGUUCGUCAGGACGAGACAAUGACGUUCAUUAAAUUGAUAUUAUGUAGCUCUGAUAAUCAUGAGUUGAAAGAACUUUUCGACCAUGCUAAGCAAGAGACGGGCAGUGUGGUUACUCUCCACUCAUUGGGUGUUAUACUGGGAAAAGCCGGAAAACUGGACAUAGCGGAAAAAUGUUGCCGUGGGUACUUGAAAGGGCUCCCGAACGACGAUCCGCUAAGAGCUGAGUGCUACCACUCCCUAGGAAACAUCUUGGAAAAGCGUGGAGAGUAUGACGAAAGCCUUGGAACACAUAAGAAGUGUUUGGAGAUUCAAGAACGCACAUUACCUACAAGACAUCCAGAUACCGCCAAAACUCACAAUAACAUGGCGAAUGUGUAUUAUCGAAAGGGCGAUUAUCCUCGUGCACGUACAUCAUACGAGAAAGCAUUGAGUAUAUUCAGGAAGGCGUAUGGCCAAGACAAUGCGAGUGUUGGUGGAUGCUUGCACAAUUUGGGUAAUGUGUACUCCAAGGAGGGAAAGUAUGAGGAAGCUUUACUUCACUAUCGACAAGCAUUGGUUAUCUAUGAGAAAGUUCUUCCUGAUUCACAUAUGCACUCGGCUGCGUGUCACAAUUGUAUUGGAGAUGCUCUGCGUUCCUUAGGGCAGUUCGAUCUCUCAAUGGAGCAUGUCAAUAUAUCUCUUAAAAUGAAACUUAAAUCGCUUCCAGCAGAUCAUGUUGACAUUGGCACAAGCUAUAAAAACAUAGGUCUCACUCACGAACAGAAAGGCGAAUAUGAAGAGGCUCUUCGUAAUUGUGAAAAGGCAUUUGCUAUCUUUUCUCAUUCUCUUUCACAACAACAUCCACAUGUUACCAAGAUCAAGGAAGACAUUAAUCGUAUUAAGGCAAAGUUGAAAUGA